AUGGCUGAGCCUGCGCAGGGCUAUCUAGGGUCUGAUGACCCGUCAUGCUACAACUGCGGUCUUGGAGGCCACUGGGCCGUUGCUUGUCCGGAACCGACAAGAAGGACUCCUGCUGGCCUUGCCAAGGCCAAUGCCUUGAGGAACUCUCCAAACACCCCUCAAGGCAAUGUUCAACAUUCUCACAGAGGCCCCAAGAGGUCAAAUAAGGGACCUAUCAUCACAAAAUAUGCUCCUCCUCCGCCACCACCUUCGCUGCCUCAUUCAUCCAUAGGACAUGGUGCGCCGCCAUAUCCACCACCCGCUGGACCAGCAUAUCAGCAGCCGAGCCCUCAGUUCCAGAACUCUUUUCCGCAUCAUCCGCCUCCUAUUCACUACUCAGCCAGCUACGGUCCUCCAACAUAUCAGCCACCGCAGUACCUUCCACCAUCUUACGGUGCUCCUCCUGGUCCCCCAAUAGGAUACGCAGCUCACCCUCCUGUGCCACCAGCACCAGCACCGGCUUCAUAUCCUCCCUCUUAUGGCCCAUAUCCACCACAUGUUGGGCCAGCUGGCUCGCCUGGCUAUCCUCCCCCAGCUGCGUAUCCUCCUUCUUAUCCGCAGCCACCAUAUGGACCGCCUCCUGUUCAUUAUCCUCCUCGUGGCGCGCCUGCACAUCAUUCUCCCUCGGCAGCAACGCCUCCCAAGCCGCCGCGUUCAUCUCAUACACACUCUUCAUUGAAAGAGCCCAUGAACGCCUCUCUUCCACCCAAACCCCCCAAGAGCAUCCAUACACAACAUGAGCCGCAACGCGAUCAUAGGAAUAAACGAAAACACGACCGCCAAAACAACAAGCAUCGUGAUAACAGACGUAAAGACCAAGGGGGCCGGCGUCGCUCUAACCAGAAGAUGCAAAACAAGGCCAAUCACUCUGGCUCAGCUGCUGGAUCUUCACGGAAGACACCGGCGCCGGCUAACACAAACGGCCCCAAAGAUCCCAACCUUUCAUCAGCCUCUGGCUUGGGAAAGAAUGCUAGGGCUGAAUCUGAAGCAUCAACAAACACAGUUGAGAUGCUGCCGUCCAACAAUAGAGAGGAGUCUCACCAGGAUGAUGACCAGUCUCCCCAAUCUCAUGCUAGGGAGCUUGAUGAAGAAUCUGUAGCUGUCGACGAGCAUUUCGAGAAUCAGAAUGGAGACGAGUCGGAAAUUACAACUCAAGGACUUGUCACCAAGACUGGAGCAGUGUCAGCAGGAGACAACGAAUCGUUUUCUCAGAACCCUCAAGACAGCGGAUAUGACAAUAUCUCAACUCCAAGUAGUCAUCAAUCUGACAAGCCCCGUCUAAACGGUAAACACAAGCGCUUGGAUGACGAGUCGGGAGACGAGAAACGGCCAAAAAAAGCAAAGUCCUCCGAGUCCUUGAUAGAUGGUCAAAAUGGCGCUAAAGAGGGCAGUCGGCAAGAAACGCAUAAUGAUGCAAGACAAGCUCAGGGCGAUCAUAGCUCACCGACGCGAGACGAAGAGGAUGAUCAAAUUUUGCCCACGCUAGAAUCUCGUUCUCGUUCUCGUUCUCGCUCAAGGGAACGAUAUCAGAAACCAGGGUCCAAAUCGAGGAAUUCGUCGGUCUCUAGUCGAUCCUCCGACUUGAAUUCUCUCGAGGCUGAGCUUUUAGGGCGACCAGACAAGAGGUCCUCUACAGAACCGAGCCCUCGUCAACGGCGGGAUAGCCUGACGAUACCAAAGAUGCAACGUCGCCGCCAACGGAAUUCAGAUUCUGCAUACAGUCGCCGCUGGUGA